AAGUGAAACACCCACGAGUUAGGAGUGUCAAAAUUGUACUAGGGUUUUUGUUGUUUCACUCUCCUCUUCAAGUUUCCGCCGCAGAGACAGCAGAGAGAGAGAGACAGCCAUGGCUACUACCAUUUCUCCAUCCGAUCAAGCUGCAGAUUUGCCGAAGAAUCUGUCAAUUGAUCAAGAAACCAUGGCCAAAGUCCCUGCAAACACUGCGAAUAAUAAUAAGGAUGUGUACGGCGGAAACAGUAACAGUGGCUUCUCAAACAAGAGUGGUCUUUUACCUAACAAAGGAUUGAACCAGAAGAAACUUGGUUACAACAACUACUCUUCUCAAAAGGGCUACUAUGGUUCCUACCCUACUGGUGGCUACUAUCCUCAAGCAUAUCAGUACCCGAGAUAUGGUUACGACAUGAACUAUGCUUCUGGAAAGACCACCACCAACACUCCCUCCUCCUACCUGGGACGAUCUGGCAGUGGAUACAUGGACAGCGUGUACUCAAUGUAUGGACCUUACAUGAGUGGCUACGGAUAUGAUUCUUACGGUGGUUAUAGCACCUACACUCCAAACUGGUACGCGUUUGACAAUGGUUACAAGACAAAAGGUUACGGCUUCUACGGGUACGGCAAGGAGAAUGCCGAGUGGCUUAACGAGCUUAACAGAGGGCCAAGAGCCAAGGGCUUCAAGAUUGGUCAGCCUGAAACUCUUAAAGCAGCACCGGUGGAUGCUUCUGUUCCGGAUUCGAAGGAGUACAACAAGGAAGAUUUCUCUGAUGCCUACACCAAUGCGAAGCUCUUUGUGAUCAAAUCUUACAGUGAAGAUGAUAUUCACAAAAGCAUCAAGUACAAUGUGUGGUCUAGCACCCCCAAUGGCAAUAAGAAGCUUAACGCUGCAUACAAUGAAGCAGUUGGAGACAAAUCCUCCUGCCCUGUUUUUCUCAUCUUCUCUGUGAACACAAGUGGGCAGUUUGUAGGUUUAGCGGAGAUGGUUGGACCAGUUGAUUUCAACCAGACUGUGGAAUACUGGCAGCAGGACAAGUGGGUUGGUUGCUUCCCUGUUAAGUGGCACAUCGUUAAAGAUAUCCCUAAUAGUUCCUUGAGGCAUAUUACUCUGGAGAAUAAUGAGAACAAGCCUGUUACUAAUAGCCGUGAUACACAGGAGGUAAAGAUAGAGCAAGGAGUCAAAGUAAUCAAGAUUUUCAAGGAACAUGAGACCAAGACAAGCAUACUCGAUGAUUUUGUCUUCUACGAGAGUCGUGAGAAGAUAAUCAAAGAGGGGAAAAAGAAGCACCAGCUGUAUAAAAAACAGCAAGCUUUGGCUGCCAGUGACAAGAAGGUGACACCAAAAGACGAGGCUAAGGAAACCAAAGAGACUACUAGUAUGAUACCAGAAGUAGUUGAAGAGAUAUCACAAAACGGCGUUGCAGAAGUUGCCAGCGCAUGCUGAAUGCAGCAGCAGCAAGCUGCUUACUUUACAUUUGGGUGGUUUUUUGUUCGUUUUGUCCACCAAGUCUGCUCACUCUUUCUUAGGAGUUUUGUUUUUAUUUUGGUAUUUGGUUUUGAAGAUGAGAGAGAUAUGAUAGUAAAAUCCGCAAGACCCGUUUUAUGUUUGGCUGUUGAAGUAGAAGAUAAAAGUGAUUUCAAAGGCUGUCGUGUCUUUUCCUUUGUUCUAUGAAUCUUUUCGAUUCUACUGUUAGUAUUCAACAAAACUUUUUUCAGAUUUUAUUAUCAAACUCACAUUACAAAUC